CUUCAGACACAUCCCAUCUUCCCUUCGCUUUUGCCUUAUAGUUAUUUGGCUUCUUCCCAAUUAUGGAUGGGGGUCUGUCUGUCUGUCUAUUCCCUGGAGUUAAGCAGUGUGUGUGUGGGGGUGUAAUUUCAGAGGAUGAUGGUGGUGAUUGGUGAUGAUGAUUAGGUGUAUUGAGUUCAAGAUCCGUGUCUGAAUGAAUCUACCUUCCUUGUGAAAUCUAUGGCACUGGAGCACCGUACUAAUCCAAGAGCCUAAAAUGAAAGAUGCAUUUCUCUGAUGCUUUUCAGAAUUUAUUUUUUUUCCCUUCUGCCUCUGUUUUGGCUUGGUCUCUUUGCUGAAGUUCAGAACCAGGAUUUGUGAGCUUUGACAUAUCUUUGGAAAUGUCAUCCAAACAGGAACCCAAGAAAUAUUUUUGGAAAUCAAACUAAUUCAACAGGAUCUGAAGGCCUCCUUUGCUUCUUUCUUUUUCUUUUUUGUAAUCAUCAAAAAAUCCUUGCAUUUAAUAUUUUAAGAGAUCUGUGAUUUUUUUGUUUUUUUUCCUGUAAGGACAUUGAGAAGAAAGAACAUUUCUAAUUCAAAUGUAUUUCAACCCAAAGGAAGGAAGGAUUCUGAAAAUUAAUUUUAUAAUAAAUAUUACAUGUGGAAUACAAUAUUGGCUUCAUUUUAAAUCUGGUCUCCAUCCUCUAUCAUACACGAAGGAAGAGACGCUUGGAAGACAGAAAUACCUUUGAGAUCUAAGAAUUCCCCCACACCUCCACCAAUGGAACUACACACAAUAAAGCAACUGGAUUCUAUAUAACACUGGCACUUACUAUUACUGGCUGCUUUAAUUUUGGGGUGGGGAGGGGGACAUUUUGUCUUCUGCUUUCUUUUUAUCCCCCUCCCAGCACUCUGUUGUAAAUGAUGGCUCAUCCUGGGAUAAGAGAUUACAAUAACCAGGAGAUAGUGCUGAGGUACAUCCAUUACAAGCUGUCACAGAAAGGAUAUGACUGGGUUGCCAGUGGAGACAGAGAAAAUGUUUCUCCUGCUGUUGGGACCUUUCCUGCCCUUGCUGGGUUGGUGCCUCUGCCUUCUGAGCUGCCUGGCUCUGCUGCUGUCAGUAACUUGGCUGCCACUGAACUACAUCCUGUACCCCAGGUUGUUCACUCCACACUGUGCCAAGCUGGUGAUGAGUUUUCCCAGAGGUAUCGGAGGGACUUCGCCCAGAUGUCUGGCCAACUGCACUUGACCCCAGUCACUGCCAGAAGUCAUUUCAUGGCCGUUGUGGAAGAGCUGUUCCGAGAUGGAGUAAAUUGGGGAAGGAUUGUGGCAUUCUUUGAAUUUGGUGGCAUGCUGUGUGUGGAAAGUGCCAGUCGGGAGAUGUCACCUCUUGUGGACAGUAUUGCUGAAUGGAUGACUGAGUACAUGAACAGGCACCUGCACAAUUGGAUCCAGGACAAUGGAGGCUGGGAUGCCUUUGUGGAGCUGUACAGCAACAACAUCAGGCCUUCGUUUGAUUUGUCAUGGCUGCCUCUGAAGACGAUCCUUAGUCUGGCAGUUGUGGGCGCUUGCAUCACCCUGGGCGCUUACCUGGGACAUAAGUGACUUUGGAUUUCAUCCAGCUGGUGAUGGACUGAUGGAAAGCCUUGGUUUCAAAAACUGAAAAAAGAGGAGUGUUGAAAAAAAGAAAAUAAUAUGAGGUUUUUUUUCCCCCUUGUCAAAUAAUGCUAUUAUUUUAUGAAACAAAUAUCUUUCUGUAUAUGUGUUUGGGUGUACGCAUGCACACAAACACAAAUGUAUGUGUAUGUGUGUCUGUUUACACACACACACACACACACACACACACACACCUGCUAUUACUGCCAAAGGGAAUAUUCAUUUAUUUUUUACAUUGCAGAGGAGUUAUUUAUUAAAAAUAUUUUACAUUUAACCCACUAUUUUCCUAAAAUUCUGGAACACAAGCAUUGUAUAUUUUGUAAUGAAGAUUCCAAAGAUCUUCGGCUUCCUUGAAAAGCAUCGUUCAACAGACUAUUUUAUCAUAGUAGGCUGAAGAGCUGUUGGUAUAGAGACAUAUGUAACCCUUAGGAAGGGUGAUGACGCAGUGGCAUAAUUUUGUAGUUAAGAUUUCAACUCUGCCUAUGAAUAGGGUGACCUAAAAAGGCAACAGGAUGAGAAGACAAUGAUUUGGUGGUUCAGCAUGGUACCUAUUCAGAAUGAGAAAUAAUGCCAGAUUCAGGCCAGUAAUAAGCCCAUAUUGUUCAACAAUCUGUUCAUACAACCAACAGCUGUUUUGGGAAAAAUCCCCAGCAGAGCAACAGCUGGAAACAGUAAGUCAUGCAGUAUUUUGUUACAUGAGUGCUGUGCCAUUAUACACCACAAUUGGCCAUCAUUAUAAGGAAACUAUUUGUGUGUCCUCAAACUGUGAUUUAAAAGCCUGAAAUGAAAUACGUUGGAAUUGCCAGAAACUGUUUCAUUAAAUAUUUCAUCUGUAAAAUUGCCAUUUCGUGCAAUUAUCAGGAAACCGAAAGUGCCUGUGUCUGCCUUGCAGAACUGGAGCCUGGAAGUAAGUCGUGGCUCACAUUCCUAGUGGAAUGAGUGUUUACUUGCAGUAGAUCCUGCCUUACUUAGUUAAUUUUUCUUAGGGUCUUAAAUGCAAUUUUCUUUGUUAAUUAAUAACAUCUCAAAGUCAAAAAUAGGCUCAAGGUUCAUUUGACAAGAAGAAGCAAUCAGCUGGCAGAGAUUAGGUUUGACUUCCUCUUUGUUUCAAAAUUAAUACCCAAAUUACAUUCUUAGCCCUGUGCCUGCCCCAGACUGGAAGUGUAUUUGCCUCAGGAGUGAUGCACACUAUUUAUUUCUUCAGAGGUCUUCAAAGGAAAAGAAGAUAAAGAAAUGGUCCAACGCUUCCAUCUGGUGUGACUCAUAGACACUCAGCCCUUUGAGAUGCCAAGUGUUUUUGCACGGAAAUCUGGAAAGGAAAGGGAGUGGAGAAUUUGUUACAAUAACUUUAAGCAAAAUGAAUAUGAAAUACUCCAUGAGUACAUUUAAGUUCUUUGAUUAUAAAUAUAUAGGUGGCUUAUAGGCAGAGCUGCUGGCACCUUGACUCAACAUCAUCAGGCACCUACCAAGGUUUAUGUUGCGGGAAGGUGUCCCACCCCAACUGCCAGAGCCCCCGUGACCUUUUUGCUAUUCAUGUACAUUCAUCUAUUAUCCAAAGAGUACAAGUACCAAUGAAGCAAAGAGAACUUGUAGCUGACUCCAGUUGUCUUGACUUCUCCUUUUGGCCCUUGGUUCAAACUAGGCUCAGACGGAGAUGGCAAAUGAAUGAGGCAGUGGUAACAAAGAUAUGGCCUUCCCAAAUGUGUGGGCUUACUGGGCAUCGUGUCCCAAAUCCCCAAAAUAUCUAAGAAUGUAACCAAGGAUGCAGUGGACUCUGUUGAUGAAGUUGUUUAAGAGUAACAUAGAUACUGAUUUGUUGGACUGCCUGAGCUGGACUCAGCCACUGAAGGAGAAAAAUUGACAGGAUGAUAACAUUCAGAUAUGGUUGUCACUUGGACAAAGGCAGCUUGAGAUAGCAUUCAUUUCAGCAGCCCAUUGUUCCAUCAUAACACAAUUGCAGCAGUCAAUUUAUAUCACUAGAUUAAAUAACUGGCCAGAGUGAAAAGAAGCGUGUGCGCACAGCUCGGACUUCUGCAAAUGUUCUGGACUUUGUUGUUGGGUUCAGCACUGGAGAGUCUCUUCAACCCUUGCAAAGGUGUUUGGGAUGCUGCAGGGGAAGUGCCAGAAAGGACUCAGCAAGUACAAAGAUGCCAACUUACCAUUUGUUCCUUGGAUCCCAGGCAAUGUAUUUCAGAUUUGUGAAACAGAUAUUACAUGAGAGAUAUAAUAGAUUCCAGGAUUAAAAUCAAGACUGAAAAGAUGGGAAGCUUAAAUUAAAUGGGAUGGACAUAUUUGACUUCUUUGAAUUUUAUAUUUUUUUUAAGUGUUUUCUUUCCAUUUUUUAAAAAAAAGUCUGCCUGUAAAACUGUAAAGUAGUAGAAGUUAUGAAAUAAUAUUAAUUCAGUGAUAAAAAGUCUGGACUGAAGUACAGUCAUAAAAAGCUUUGUACUCAAGAGAAUGUAGCAAAAUAAUUCACAGAUACAACAUAUGUAAGAAGUUAAAUAACUUGAUUUUGUGGCAUUAUAUGCAAAAAACAACAACAACCCUGAGGUCAGCCUUCUCUAACCUGGUACUUGCUAAAAUGUGUUAGAUAAUAUUGUCAUAUUUGGAGUUCUUUAUGACUAGAAGGCCAGCAUGUAAGUUUAAUAAAGAAAUAAUAACCAGCUACCACUGAGUUGCUGCUUAGCGACGGUGGUUGUAGUCCCAAAACAAUGGUUGGGCGCCAAGCUAGAAAGGCUGAUCUCAGAAAUGUAGUACUGCUAAAGUUAAACCUGUAGUUCAGUCUUCCCCAACCUGGUGCAUUCCAAAUGUAUUGGAUCCCCCAUGGUCAAGGGGAAUUCUGGGAGUUAAAGCCCCAUCACAUCUGAAGAUCACCAGGAUGGGAAGACUGCUGUGGUUUGUACCAUGUUUUCAAAGCUGCUUUAAAAAGAAAAUGGGCCAAGUCCAUCAGGAAGCUACCUUUUCUCACCUUCCACUCCUGCACAUGAGAACUUCCUGGUAGGCUGAGCCCAGAGUUUUUGUGCAUGUUAACAUUGCUGUAGCUACUAUACAGUUAUGGCCUUUGCAUCCAGCAUUUCAAGAGCAUCCGUGAAAUGAGCUUUUACAUUUCAAAGCAGAAAGAAACAUAUAGAGAUAUGUGGUUGAAUUCUAAUUUCUAAGUACUGGGCAAUGCGUGUUGCAGCUUCACUUUAUUUAGCUUUGCUAAACCUACAAACGUUUAUUAACAUAUAUUAAAAUUGUAGAUUUAUGAAUAGCAAUUCUGUGGAAGUCAGGUGCAUUUAGGUUCUGUAGAAGUUCAGGCAUUUAAACAGUGCCUAGAAACUACUGGAAAGUCCAAAGAGUCAAAAUAUAUAAGGAAAUGACACAAUGUUUUUCCAACUAGUCUUCAGUUUAACAAUAUUGGUGUGUAGAAGAAAUGCCCUAAAAGCUGUGCCUUUGCAUUCCACAAACAGGCUUAAGGUCACUGAAACUCCGAGAUGCAGUGAUUACAUCAGUGUUUUAUGCUAAGGUUUUACCAAAGAACUGGUUCACAUAUGCUACUUAUCAUAUGAUUUCUCAUUACUUGGUCACUCAGCAUUUAACAACUAUCAACCCAAUUCUAGGCUGAGACUGGCUCAUCCAAUUGACUUAAGUAUGCAAAAUUGUGCUUAGGAUCAAACUGUUACUUCAGUGUACAAGCUCUCCUCACACUGGAAAAUAUGAACAUUUUAUUGGUGAUUAAUUUGUGAUAUACCCCUGCAUCACAGUCAAAUAGUAAUGAACGUGUAUGUUUGAACUAGUUCUUUAAUUCAACCCCUUGGGCAACUAAGUCUUAGAAUGCUGUCUGGAAGCUUGAAGAGAAUGACAAAAAAUAAUGUGUGGUCAAUACUACAUCAGAGGCUACAUGCUUUCAAACGUGUCAUGGUAGAACAUGGGGCAAGGAAAGAGAUGGAUCUAAGCUAUAGCAACAAGUAUCUACCCUAACAUUCUCACUGUUAUAAGACCUUCAGAUGUGGUGUAGUGCCUCACCUCAUAUGCAAGAAAGUCAUUAUAUUGGGCCAAAUGAAAUAUUUUAGACUAGUCAGCCUUUCAAGAAACUAGAAUAGAAAUAUGGAAGUAUCCAUCACCUAUUGAACAGGGCAGAAUAAUGAUGUUCUCCUUAGAGGUUGUAUGAGCAUCUCAACAUAGAGGCUUAUGGGACAAGAGAGCAUGGAGCACUCUCAGCACACUCUCUUCUUAAUUUUCAGAUGGGGAUCCUAAAUUCCUCUUCUUAAAAGGUUGUACUACAGGUCUCAAGCAUCAUCAGUACGAAUGGACUGUUUUUGAAUGAAAUGUUUACAUUGUCAAAAUAGAACGCUAUUGGAGCUAGGAAUGGCUAUGCUGCUAGAAAACAGUGAUUAUUGGAACAAAGUUGAUUUUCUUGUAUUGCCCAUUGCUGAGAUUGUUUUCAGAGCUGCUUCAGAUGUCAUAUAAAAUUAUCACAUUGCAGGCAUGUAAAUAGAUGCUAUUGGUGGAUGUUUUCCUGUUGUUUUUGUCCCCUUGGACUUCUUGGUAUCUUAAGUAUCUAUAUGCCAGAGGAGUCCAAAUGGCUGUCAGUAGUCUCUGUCUUUAAUAGAUGGCCAGUAGUGUGUACCCCACUUCCCACCCCACCUUUUGCUGCAAAUUGUAUAAUACUGUGGCUGCACUAGUUAUAAGGACUGUUAAUAUUGAUACUGUACUAUUCAAGUUGAACGUAUUUUAGAGAUGUUGAAUGUAUAUAAAAGCUUGAUUUUGUCUAUCUUCUCAGCUGUUUCACUAUGAUUGAUAGUCCUUUUUUUUUCUCU